GUAAUUAUUGUAUAUUUGUAAUUAUCACGUGAUGGCGAUAAUGAGAAAUACACCAGUGGACCCCGUAGUCGAUGUGCACUUCUCCCGCCUCCCGGCGAGAAACGCCGGGUGCUGGGUGCAACUUGAAGGUGAUUCUGACGAAACAAAUCGGAAUCCAACCAAAUCCCACGCGGUGUCCCAAAUCUCUAUUAUCGCGCGCGGACGCCUCGCGAACGUUCUACGUUCGGGUACGAGUUAUUCAUACGCCGUUCGGUGUCGUCAGCUGUGUCCUGGGUUUCGCCCGUGUCUAUUUACUUGGCGUCUGAAACGGAUUGCAUUUGGAAAAUCUCGGAAUUUUGGAUUUCCGUUUGAUCUGACUUGAGACGUCACACGGGGGUGCUUAAAAAUACGUUCUUAGGAAUCAGCGAUAUUUAUUGCGCGGACACUUUUGGUUUAAAGUCUAAAUCUAAUGAUUUGAUGCAUCACGAUCUGGGAAUCGUAUAUUGAUGAUUAUAUUAUUAAUAUGAAAAUAUUUGUAUCGUCUGUAUAUACAGACUACAGUUUAGACAUUGAAGAGUGACAAAUGAUUCUGUGAUUUCUUUACUUAAUAUCAGGCUGAGUCCUACUUUACCAGCAAUCUUGGAAGUUUGUUUACUGGUUUAUUUAUAUUACUAAUGAUGACCUAAGAAAAAUACCAUUUUAUGAAAACAAUUUAUGAAAUAUCAAUAGUGAAAUGAUUGAUAGUCGAAUUUUGAAUGAUCUAGUUGAAUUUUGAAUGCUACUCAUCUAAGUUUUAUUCGCUCACACACAUCUAAGUAAAACAAAUUGUAACAAAUAUUUUGAACAUAACCAUAAUUAUAAUGUUGACGUUAAUUGGCUUGUAUGCAUGCUUUUAUUCAUUCCGAUUUGCAAGCAGCUCAACCCUGACUGCACCUCCUCUGUCGGCUCUAGUAGUCGCGUUUGAAAGCGUAUAUGAUCUAUCAUUAUUGGCCAAUACCUUAUCGGAUCAAGGGAUUGAUACAACAUUAAUAAUACCGACAUAUACUGCUAAUAAUAUUUACAAUAAAUUGAUCGAUGUUGAAGUGUUACAACUGGAUGUUAACAUUGAUAAGUCAGUGUCUGCUGACAAACGUGCACUAGAAACAUGCAACAUUUUUUUCAAGGAUGAAGAAAUACUGAAUAAAGUACAAAAAUUUCAGCCUACGUUCAUUAUAUUUCCAGCAUUAAGACAUGAUGGCUGCUUACUUCCGUUUGCAAAGCAUAUUGAAUCAAUUCCAGUAAUCUGGAUAAAGAAUCCAGAUGAGGAACUGUAUGCAUUUGAAUGCACUAGAGUUGCAUUGCCGGUGCAUAGUGGUGGCUUUUGGUCGAGACUUUCGACAAGUUUCUCAGGAAGAACCAUAUUUUCCACUGUUAAGAACGAUUAUCUAACUCCCGCUUUACGAUUAGCAAUCAAACAUCUACCGAACAUUAAUAUCGAUUUGGAGCAUCUUUACUCGGAUGUUAGACUAGUACUUUGGGGAGGCGAUACAGUAUUACGUUCUGAUUUUGCAUCUUUAACAGAGUUACUCGUGGAGAUUGGUUGUCAUCACUGUAGAGGUUCAUAUCCCUUACCUGAGAACUUGCAAAAGUCAUUGAUCGAAUAUAGGACGGGUACUAUAGUUGUUCUUUUAGAAGAAAAUUAUGAGACAUUGAUACAAGAACUGGCAAAGAAAUUGCCUCAAGGGAGGGAAGGUCAAGCUGUUAUAUGGAAGAGUAAGCGCAAUACAAACGUUGCGCCGGAAAAUCUUUUUAUUGACGAAGAUGUUGACCGGCAAGACAUCAUAGGUUAUAGCCGAACCCGAGUGGUGUUGAGUCAUUGUACUGAUACAGAAUUCCUGGAAGCUGCCUUUCACAGGACACCUCUGAUAUGUCUGCCGAGGGACGCCCACGAGUCUCGUAACACCGCUCGCGCAGUCGAGUUAGGUUUUGCGCGCUCCAUAAAAAUCACGAAUGAUCAUUUCGCCUCGGCUAUGGAGAUCGCACAAAUAAUAAACGAGAUCUAUGAGACGGUGGCUUAUCGUGAAAAUGCACGGAAGGUUUCCGUGGCGAUACGCGACAGACUAAACCCAUCCUCCGACAGACUCGUCUAUUGGCUGGGCUAUGUCGCAAGGACGAAAGACGACACCGAAAAGUUCCAUAAGCCAAAGAGUCAAGCGAGGACACUUACGGAGGAUAUUCAAUUUUUCGUUGGCCUUCUGGUAGGUGUAAUUAUCGGGAUUGUCUGUGCGAGCAGCGCGGUUGUCGCGCGAUAUCUCAUCACGACUAACAAAGUGCAAAUAACAAAGGGACGAUACAUGCAAUAAACGUGUUCCAUUGAGAUUCGACUCAAUAUACGCAUGCAUGGACAUUUCCGAAUAUAUAUAUAUUUAUAUAAAUGUACGUAGAAUACAGGUACAUACGAAUACAAAGGUUUUACGAUCUAGGAGUUAUCUCAUAGUUAACGAAGAAACAAUUUUACUAUUAUUAUUAUUAUUAUUACGAGAACACCUUCUCAUAAUUUGACUGAUAAGACUACGAGUCUAAUGAAGUGUGAUGUAUUAUCAUGAAGAAAAUAAAUUACAGUUUGUCAAUACUGA